AUGGCCAGACAUCAGCAAUCCUCGAUCUCUCAUGGUGAGCUGGUUGGUGCGUUGAAGCAGUUAUCUGGUGAGAUGGCCUCAAAGAUGAAAGCACCAGACGAGAAGCGCGACUCAAAGUGGUGCGAGUUCCAUAAUGAUCAUGGACAUCGAACAGAAGAUAUAUCACUGAGAAUGGAAGUGAACGAGCUACUAAAAAAAGGUCACUUGAGAGAAUUUCUCUCUGACAGAGCGAAGAAUCGACUGGACGACAGGAACGACGAAAGAGCAACGAAAAAACCAGCCCCCACUUCGUCACCGAGACACGACCGGGUUAUCCACGUCAUUUCAGGAGGUUCGGAGAUCAGUGGAAUAACCCAUUCGGCCGCUAGGAGGAGCACUAGAACAGCUAGAAGUAACCAUGGACAUGGAGAUGUUAAAGCCAUGGACGAACAACUGUCUAGGUGCUCCAUCAGCUUUGAUUUCGACGAAGACAUGAAUGUGAUAGCCCCACAUCAUGAUGCACUAGUCAUAUCUUUGACUGUUGCUAAUAGCUUGGUGAAGCGAACACUCGUUGAUAAUGGGAGCUCGACCAAUAUCUAUUCAUGGAUGCUUACAAGGAAUUAG